AUGACAACCACUAAUAGUCAACCCGAACGACUUGAUACAUUGCAAAGACUUGAACUUGAAUCAACUAUCGGAUUUGAAGGAAAAGUUCCUCAUGGCCUUAAAUUACAUCCGGACCGUAUUCAUAUGGUCUAUCCAUUGGGAUGUAACUUAGUUAUUGAAAACUUGCAAACACGACAACAAGAAUUUCUUCUCGGACAUAACAAUAAUAUCUCUUGUGUAACAAUAUCAAAUAAUGGUAAAUACAUUGCUUCAGGUCAAGUUACAUUCAUGGGCUUUAAGGCCGAUAUCAUCAUUUGGGAUUAUGCUAACCGCGAACCGUAUGCGCGCCUUGUUUUACACAAGGUCAAAAUUGAAGAUCUAGUUUUCUCCGCAUCAGAUCGAUUCUUAAUUUCACUUGGUGGUCAAGAUGAUGGUGCUAUCAUUGUCUGGAACGUUGACACGAAAGAACCUGUAUGCGGCAGUCCAGCUCAGCCCAAAAGCGCUGGGAUUACCUAUUGUUUGGCUGCAGCAAAAGAAGAUGACUUACAAUUCUACAGUGCUGGAAAUGGUACCAUUCGAUUCUGGCAAUUAGAUGUAGCUAAUCGAAAAAUUCGAGCAACGGAUAUCAAUACAGGCGUCAUUAAACGUAUCAUCAAAUGUAUGACUGUAUCACUUGAUGGCACACAUCUCUAUUGUGGAACAACAACAGGUGAUGUCUUGAUGAUCUAUAUUCCAGCUACUCAGUUCAAAACAAUGGGACCGGAAAAGAAAAAAUACUCGAUGGGUAUUACUGCCAUGCAAGCACUAGUAAAUGGUGAUGUUUUAGUUGGCACAGGUGAAGGCAAAAUUCACAUAACAGAAAAAGAAACAUUCAAAUCAUUAAAAUCUUUACAAGCGCUGGGCGAAAUCACAUCGUUAGCAUUAAGAGGUGAAGGCCAUAUGAUUUUUAUCGGUACCGAUCGAUCACAUAUCUAUAAAGUUAAUUAUGGCGAUUGGAAAAUGGAAUUAAUCAAUACAUGUCAUAAUUCUCAGAUUAAUGACAUUGCAUUUCCAUUUGGUACUUCAGAAUUAUUCGGUACAUGCAGUUAUCAAGAUAUUCGUAUUUGGCAUGCGCCAACUGGUAAUGAAUUAUUGCGUAUUUCACAAGCGAAUAAAACAUGUAACUCACUUUGCUUUACUCGCGAUGGCAAAAUGAUCAUUAGUGGUUGGGAUGAUGGGCGUAUUCGUGCAUUCUAUCCUGAAUCAGGUCGCGAAAUAUUUACAAUUAACGAUGCACAUCAUCGUGGUGUUACAGCCGUUGCAGUGACCAAUGAUUGCCGACGUAUUAUUAGCGGUGGUGGUGAAGGCAUGAUUCGAGUUUGGCAAAUUAAUGCAAAUUCACGCGAAUUAUUAGCAACAAUGAAAGAACAUAAGAAUGCUGUUGUUUCCAUUCGUAUUAACAAAUCCGACACUGAAUGUGUUACCGCAUCGCUUGAUGGUACAUGUAUUAUCUGGAAUUUGAAACGUUUUGCUCGUAACCAAGUCCUAUUUGAAAAUACACUUUUUCAGUGUGUUGCUUAUCAUCCUGAAGAAUAUCAUAUCGUCACAGGUGGUACUGACCGUAAAAUUGGCUAUUGGGAAGCAGCCAACGGUGCACAAAUUCGCGAACUUGAAGCAUCGAAAAGUGGAACAAUUAAUGGCCUUGACAUUGACAAUGCUGGUAACUAUUUCGUUACAGUCAGCGCAGACAAAUUAGUGAAAUUAUGGCGCUACAAUGAAGGCGAUGUGAUCAGUGUUGGUAUUGGUCAUGGUAGUGAAGUGAAAAAAGUUAAAAUCUGUCCUAAUACUCAACAUAUCAUCUCUGUUAGCGCCGAUGGAAGUAUCUUUCGUUGGAAAUUUCCUGCCUCCUCAGCUUAA